CACGCAAUUUCUCUAAUAAAAAGGGCCAAACAAUAGCUCAUUUGGUACUUAAUUCUCUCCACACCACAAUACAUAUUGCAUCUUAGUACUCCCAAAAAUAUACACAGCUCUUUUUCUUUACUUUCUAUCAUGGAGAAUUAUACAGGUUUAGAAAGAGUGAAACAUGUUGGAGCAAUGACUUUGGCAGCAGUUUUGUUAGGAGGAAAUAUUGUAUUGUCAAAAGUGGCAGCAGAUGAUGGAAUGACCAUGAGAGUUAUGGUUGCUUAUAGGUGGAUCUUUGCUACUGCCUUUCUUGGUCCCAUUGCUAUCGUUGUUGAAUGGAAUAAGCGGCCGAAAUUAACUUGGACUGUUAUUCUGCAAGCAUUUCUCUCUGGGCUACUAGGGGGUUCGCUGUUCUCGAUUUUAUUUUAUACAAGUGUGAUAAUGACAUCUGCAACAUUUGCAACCGCAAUUUACAAUCUUAUCCCAGCAAUGACUUUUGUAAUAGCAGUCCUCCUCAGGUUCGAGAACUUAUCAUUUGAUAAAGUAAGUGGGAAAGCUAAGGUAAUGGGAACAAUGAUAUGUGUUGGUGGAGCAAUGGUAUUGACAUUAUACAAAGGAGUAGAGGUUCACAUGUGGCCUAUCAAAAUUGAUUUGUUACAUCAUGCUAACGAAGCAACACAUAAGAAAGUACUUGCUGAAUCUGGCGCUUUUGCUUUAGGAAUUGUACUCGCCGUCACGUCUUGUGUUUGCUAUUCACUAUGGAUAGUAUUAUUGGCAAAGGUGAGUAAAAACUAUCCAUGCCACUACUCAAGCACAGCCUUAAUGAGCGUAAUGGGAUCCAUUCAGUCAGUCAUUUUUGCAUUAUGCUUUGAUAGAGAAGUUUCUCAAUGGAAGCUUGGUUUGGACAGAAGAUUAUUUGUUGUUCUCUAUCUUGGAAUUUUAGGAUCUGGAAUUGUGGUAAUUUUGAUGACAUGGUGCUCUCAGAAAAGAGGCCCUCUAUUUGUCUCUGUCUUCAACCCUUUAAUACUUCUUUUCGUGGCACUAGCAAGUUCAUUGUUGCUUGAUGAGACCCUAUAUCUAGGAAGUAUAUUAGGUGGAUUUCUUAUAAUAAUGGGCUUAUAUGUGGUGCUAUGGGGAAAAGGAAAAGACAUGAAGGCGUCAAAACUUAUUUUAUCCAAGGGAGCCUCGCAGAAAAAUGAUUUAGAAGCUCCUGAAGACCAAGUGGGACAACUUACAGACUCUUCAACAAUAAAGCAAGGCAUGACUCAGUAGGAGUUUGAAUGCGUUUAUGAGCUAUUGCUUCCAAAAAGUUGAGUGGCAACACCAUGCAAAUGAAGAAAAAAGUUCCAGAUUUAUCAUUUGACAUAAAUCUGGAACUAUCAAAAUAUUAUAUAUAUAGCUAGUAGCUACCUUCAAUGAUAAUUGUUACAUGUAAGGCUAUACAUAAUGGCCGUUCGAAAAUUGUAUACAUAAUGAUCAUUGAUAAAUUGCCUUCCAA